CGUCGUCCUGACAAGAAAAGAAGAGAUAGCAUCAAAAGAACUCCGCUAAUGGUUUGCAUUUCUCAGCGGUGCGAGCUUCGCUUUCAUGCGGCCUUUUGUCCCUCCUACCAAAAAAAAAAAAAACAGAACAGAGAACAAACACACCCACCCAGCCGCUAAAAUGCUUUAAAGCUCCCGAAAGCGGCGCUUGGAACCAUUUCCCCAGAAGGUCGAAGCGGCAGGCCACGGAACAUGGCUCCCGUCAAGCUCUUGGCCGGGCUGUGCCUCUUCACGUGCCUCCACAUUGUGUCCUCGACCAGACUGGUGUGCUACUUUACCAACUGGUCCCAGUACAGGCCCGGCGUUGGAAGAUACAGGCCAGAAAACGUGGACCCGUACCUGUGCACGCACCUGAUCUACGCCUUCUCCAUCAUCGGCCCGUCAAACGAGCUGGCAACUUACGAGUGGAACGACGACGUUCUGUAUAAAUCCUUCAACCAACUCAAGAACACAAACACCAACUUGAAGACGUUGCUCGCCGUUGGUGGCUGGAACUUCGGAAGUGCGCAAUUCACCACCGUGGUCUCCACGCCGGCCAACCGCCAGACGUUCAUUCGCUCUUCCGUGAAGUUCUUGCGGCGCUACGGCUUCGACGGACUGGACCUGGACUGGGAGUACCCCGGAGCGCGAGGGAGCCCGCCGGCGGACAAACAAAGGUUCACCACGCUCUGCCAGGAAUUACUGGCCGCCUUUGAGGAGGAAUCAGCACGGAGCGGUCGACCACGUCUGCUUCUCACAGCGGCGGUUGCGGCGGGGAAGGGGAACGUCGACAACGGUUACGAGAUUGCCAACGUGUCAGAGUUUCUCGACUUCAUCAACAUUAUGAGCUACGACUUCCACGGCGCUUGGGACCCCUUCACCGGUCACAACAGCCCCCUGUUCCGCGGCUCUUUUGAUCAAGGGGACAACAUCUACUACAACGUGGAUUUUGCAAUGAAAUACUGGCGAGAUCAAGGCGCUCCUCCCGGGAAGCUCAACGUCGGUUUCGCGACGUACGGCCGCACCUUUCGGACGGUUUCGGCAGCCGACGGCGUCGGCGCACCCGCCGGCGGACCGGCCUCGGCCGGGACCUUCACGCGUGAAGCCGGCUUUUGGUCCUACUACGAGAUUUGCACUUUCCUUGAAGGAGGAAGUCUCGGUUGGAUCGAGGACCAGAAGGUCCCGUACGGCGUUAAGGGCAACGAGUGGGUUGGCUUUGAUAACAGGCAGAGCUUUCGGAUCAAGACGGAAUACCUGAAAAAUGAAAAGUUCGGCGGGGCUUUCGUCUGGGCUCUGGAUCUCGACGAUUUUGCCGGACAGUUCUGCGGACAGGGAAACUAUCCGCUCAUCAGUUACCUGCGCUCUCUUCUGGGUUCAGACGAUCCAACGCCGCCACCGCCGUCAAGCGCGAACCCACCAGAGACCACGCCGACCUCGGGCCCGAUAGCAACAGAGACAGCACGGACCACGGCCGCACCGGCCCAAACAACAGCGGCACCGGAACCUCCGGUGAGCGCAGCGACCGUCGCGCCCGGCGCCGACUUCUGUGCCGACAAGUCGGACAACCUCUACGAGAAAAGCGACGACCACAACUCUUUUUAUCAGUGCUUCCGCGGCCGCACCUUCGUCCAGAAAUGUCCCGCUACGCUCGUUUUCAAUAUCAGCUGCAAGUGCUGUGAUUGGCCAAAAUAAAUGUUUCCUUUUUUUAUUUGCCGUAGUGGGACGUAGCAGCUUCAAUGUAGCCCACAAACGUAACCCCAAACUUGUCUGUUCACGGACACAUUAAAGACGAGCUACCACCUGUGCUGCAUCACGUGAUCAUAAUAUGGAGCUAUUUUUUUUUUUUUUUUUAAAUCAUUAAAUGACUUUUUGCUGCA